GGACCAUCAGGCCGUUUCGGGAACCCAUUGGGUGGUGGGAGGAUUCGGGUGUUGUCACCGCGGCGGCCGCCUCCUACUGGUCUCUAUGGUGAAUGACAGCGCGGUGAGUGGUGGCGACCGAUUCCAAAGCAGAGCACUCUUGAUCAGUGCGCGCCUUGCCGACCUGCCGAGGCCGUCCAUGGCCAACUAUCUCACCUGACUUGCACCUGCCGUGGUCACAAGAUCGAGUGCCGCGCAGUGAUUGAUAGUGACCCUAGUGAUCCGCGGUGGUGACAUUGCGCGAUUUUUACACGCGGUACCAUGGUGGUACCCAGCUGACGGCGAUCGACGAAUCGGACAGACGAUCGGCGAUUUCUAAUUGUGCGGAUGAACUUUUCGUUAAUUAGUGAUCGGUGGUUAAAGGUCGCCGGCUAGAGUGAUUUUUAGUGAUGUGCUUCUGAAGACGGUACCAUGGAUACGGAAAGUCCUGUGGUUUGGCCCUCCUGGUGCUAUUCAGGCGAGACCACAACAGAAGCCAUCGACAGCACUCCUCAAUUACAAGCCACGAAGUUGGUGAGAAAACGUCGAAUGGAGCGCAUUACGAACAACAACGGGCCGACAGCGACUCCGGAAUACGCGCUCCACAACAACAACAACAACCACGUCAAAAACGAGAGGCUGAGUCCGGGCACUCCGGACGUGUCGAGCCGAUCUCGGUCCGUGACGCCGUCGUCGGUCUCGCACCCGGACACCCCGCCGGCGUCGGACGCCCACCCCCUGCCCCCGGUCUCCGGGAGGAACUACAGCGACUUCAUGCGCAGCCUCGCCGCCAAAUACAACAACGCGAAUCCGAACGACUACUUCAGCGCCGCCCGGAACGGCUUCCCCCCUCCGCUCGACCCGCGUUUCAAGCCGACCAACUUCCCGAACCUCAUUCCCGCCCUUCAGCCGACGAAGGAGCCCGAAGCCGCCCCCAAGAAGACCGACUUUACCUCCCUGCUCAACCCUUUCGCCAAUAGCCAUAUGUUCCCGCCGCUGAUCGACAUGUCCACGACCCAGACGCUGCUGGCCAUGGUGCGGACGGCCAAAGAGGCCGAGCUUCAAGGGCUGCUGAAGAGCGUGAAGCGGCAGGACGCGUCGUCGCCCUUGGACCUGUCGGCGGCAGCGGCGCCGCCCUUGAAGAGGGCGCGGAUGAAGACGUCGUCGUCGAGCAGCCCCAGCACUCUGUCGAAGCGAGCGCAAUCGGAGAGCCCCAGACUGCACGAGGAUGUGUCCAGCUGGACGGUGGACGAUGUCUGCAAUUUCGUGUCGAGCAUCGAUAUCUGUGCGGAGUAUGCGCAGAACUUCCGCGACCAGAGGAUAGAUGGCUCCGGGCUGCCGCUCCUCACCGAAGAGCACCUCACCACGACCAUGAACAUGAAGCUCGGUCCGGCCCUGAAGCUGCGCUCCCUCCUGGCGAAAAAGCUCGGCUCCUGCAGCGUCUGCCUCCACUGUACCCACUGCCACAACAACACCGGGUCCCCGGAGCCGUCGAACACGGCCGGAAACACGUCGGACUCCGGGGGCGCCUCAUGAUCGGCCCUCUCCGGAAUUUAUUUCUUCGUUAAGUUGUACUUAAAUGUUCCGGGAAAAAGUACAAAUCGAGAGUGUAGGAUGUAAGAUAGAGCGCGCCAAGACGGAAUCCUGAUCAAGAAUCGAACGUCAAUUAUCUCAAGUGCCUGUUGACAUUUAUCUGCUCAGUGUAUUUACGUAGUUGUAUAGUUCCUAAUUUUUACAACAUUCAACGAAUUUGUGUGUUUCUCUUUGCUCAAUGAUGUGUUGUUUGUCGGUUUGUGCAAAAUUUGUAAAUUUAUUUAGAUAGGUUUUAGUUGUAAUUUAUGCGUAGAGGUAGGAUAAGAUGUAUUUUGUACAGUAUUUUGUUAAAUAUCGUGUUUAUGUACCUUGUAUGAUUACGACUAUUAAAUCAUUUU